AUGCCCCAAAUAAAUGUACUUCAUUUGCUGGCAGCAAGUAAUAAUCCAACAGCUUUGAAUGCGGUACAAAAUUUGCUGAAAACAGGUCAGAAACAUGUCGACGAACGUGAAGAGGAAGGACUGACGGCAUUACAUGUAGCUGCUGCAUGGGAUAAUUUGGCAAUGUGUCAGUUACUGAUGUAUUUUGGUGCCGAUCCUUUCCAGAAAGAUGAUAACGGAAGAACAGCAAAAGAUAUGGCAAAAGGUUCAGUGAAAAAAUUUUUUGAACGUCUCUACGAAGCCGAAACUUCUGAAAAAAGCCGAUCUGUGCAACAAUCAUUUUUGCACGCUCUAAAUCGACUGUUUUCGUGUGCAACUAAGAAAGCUAUCAAAACACCGCUGCAGCUAAGUAGAUCGCAUUCAUGGUCACCUUUUUAUGAUGGGACAAACAAUUUCUUGUCAGAGGAGGAAAAGCGGUUACAAUGGGCUUUUCGGAAGAACCAAUCAAGUUUCUUUGGUCGUAAAGCUGGGAAAAACAAACAGUUCUCUCCAGUCGGGAAAAAAUCAUCCGAGCAAACAUCUGCUCUUUCGCUCUCAUCGCAACAAUUCACUUCGUUCACUGCGAAAUCAUCUAAACGUGAAAGUGAUGAUAAUACGAUAUACGCUACAGCUCCUGAAUAUAAUACUAAAGACUAUCAUAGCUCGUCUUAUGGCCGAAAUUCGAUUAAUGCCUUAUCUUAUGUUUUAUCCGAGGAAUUUCAAUCAUUAAAACUUGGUUCAACCCCAUCUCAGGCUAAUGAUCAGAUGACUGAAGAAUCUCCUGUUGAAACUUCAAGUAUAAAGAUACCAGCGGAAAUUUUAUCAGUAGUGCGUCAAUUAUCGGAUAGACAGUUAAAACAGGAACUAGCCAAAAGGGGCGAAUGUAUCGGACCAUUGCUUGAAACUACGCGUCCGGCAUAUGAGUUAAAGCUGGCACGUUUGAUUGCAAAUUUACCUUCCAAUGCUUCAGAAUUAAAAUACAGUUGGGCACUUGAACGUUGGAUAGCGGGUAACUCAUUUUCUGAAGGUCCGAAACUUGAUCAAAUUCUUAUAAGUAGUUUUGCUGAAUUUUCCGGUGAACAGUGGAGAGGUGGCAAUAGACCUACUUCGUUUUGUUAUAUUUUGAUCGAUCCUUCCGUUAUUAGUCUUCCUAGCAAUAGCUGUACAAUGCAACAAUUUGUUAAUUCUAUAUUUUAUAUUGGUAAGGGGAAACGUUCCCGUCCUUUCCAACAUUUGGUGGAUGCUGUCCGAGCCAAAAGUUUUGGCGAUGGUGUUCUAUCGAAAAGUAAAAAACUACAAAAAAUAGUUGACCUUUGGGACGCUGGUUAUGGUAUUGUGUCGUUACACGUUUUCCAGAAUACAAUUCCCAUGGAAGCAUUUACAAGGGAGGCGGCGAUGAUCGAUGCUAUCGGUCUCCGAAAUUUGACGAAUAUCAGAAGAGGUGAUUAUUAUGGUCCUGCGAAAAACUGGACAAUAAAAGAGAAAACAAUCUAUGGCAGCUAUCUCUUGUUCAAUGCUCUAUCAAUAUUUCAUGUUGAAGGUUGUCGUGAAAUAUAUGAAGACGAUGUACAGGAAAGAUAG